AAAUGACAUUUAACAUGCACUAAACAUGGUUUUUAUUUUCUAAUAAGCAAUAAGCUAGAUGAGACGAAUCAAGUAAAUUUUAACCAUCUACAGUACAAAGUACAAAUAAUAAGUCACCAAUCUACGGACACAGUAAGGAAAUCGCUAGACAUAAUAAAUCAAUGACAAGUCGCAGGAAGGAGGUACAAUACCUCGACACAAUACGUAACAAUAAGGCUGCGGCUCCGAUUCUAUUGAUAACAUAUCGAGCGCUACAUGCAUGUCUCGUUCUAACGAACUCCUAUUAGGUUCUAAGAAGUAUUCCUACGAUAAUACUGUUAACUAUGAGGCAACGUUGAACGUAAACAAAAAGCGUAAACACCAAUCCGUAUGACUCACAAAUGACGAAGUUCUCAUUAUCAUAUCACAGCCGCACGCUUACGUUAGUAACCUUAGUUGAAAUCUGACACUCGGCCCUCAUUCUUGUCUUCUGUACGCGCUUUUUAUAUUAAAUAUCGAAUUAUUUGUUGCAGCAUCUAACCGAUCAAGGCUGCAUAGCGAGUGAACGCGAGUGACACACUCCGAUGUGCCGCGUAUAAUAUCACACGUAUUUUCCUCAACGCCGAGAACAAAGAAGUCCAUUUGCGAAUUAAUUUCAACACUUUCCAACAAACGACGCACCAGCCUGUUGAUCUAACACGUGUCGCUUCGAUGCAUACGUGAAAACGAGAGGAUGCGAGCGUUCGACGCGCGCGUGCAAUAAAAAUCGAAUGCAAAAAUGAUUAAAAGGAACGGUGAUAAUGUAUUUGCGAUCGCGUCGAGCAACAAUCAGUGUCAAGGCGGUCGGAGUGCCGUCUCGCUCUGUCCCGGCGGCGGCGCGGCCACGAGGAUCCCGCGCGCCACUGCCGCCAGGAUGACGUCGCCCGACGCGCAACCACACACCAAGGAGGCUAACAUCGCGCUCUCCACAUACGUGGAAAAGUGGAAAAAUAAAUACGAAGACGCGGAGCGAAAACACAAAGCUAAUUUACUAAAAUCCGAAAAAGCAAAGAGAGAAUAUGAUGAUCUACAACGGAGGUACAACAUUCUCGCAGAGGAGCGUCACCACCUGGACGCAGAACUGCGGGAGAGGGAGCGCGAGCUCGGCAAGCUCAAGAAUGUCUCAGAGAAGCUGUUCAAGGAGUACCAGCAACUCAAGAACCAGCACGAGGUGGAUACCGGCGUUAUGCACAAGGUGAUGCAACAGGCGGGCGAGUGGUACAAGCAGAACAAGCAGCUGAAGCGGCGCAGCUCCGCGCUGCUGCAGGCGCUGCCCGCCAAGGCCGUCGAGAUCGACUUCACAGACUCCAUUGACACAGCGUCAGACAGCAGCAGUAACGAGGAGGUGGAGUUCCUGAAGCAGACGGUGUGCGAGCUGAGCGCGCAGCUGGCGGCGGGACGCGCCGAGCUGGCGGCCGCGCGCCUGCUCGAGUUCGAGGCCCGGGAGGAGGCCGUGGCCGCCGCGCAGGAGUUGGAAGAAGAAAAAGAAAAGACUGCAUCACAAGAGAAAGAGCUACAAGAUCUCCGCGUGCAGCUCGAGCGACACAACCGAGUGUCCAAGUUACUGAUGGAGGAGGUCACCUGCCUCAAGAACAACGCCGACAAGGACAGGGAGAUGGCUGAAACGUAUAAAACGGAAGCCUUCGCGGCCAAGAAGCGCGUGAAGCAGCUGACGCACCAGAGCACGCUGCUGCUGGGCGAGCUGGCGGGCGACGAGCGCCUGCUGCACCUGCUGGCCCAGCUGGGCGGCCUGCGCGACGCGCUCGAGGACCAGGCCGCGCGCCACCGCCACACGCUGCACGACCUGCAGCUGAAACUAGCUGAAAAACACGAAGACACUGACAUCCUUUUAUGGGAGGAGAAGAUAAGACUGGCAGAAGAAGACGCGCAGAAGGCUCUAGAACGAGCGGAAAAGGCUGAAAAGAGACUAGCAGAGUUAGAGAGAAACAAACCUCCGCAGCGGCGAUCCAAUCUUAUGUCUAGGAUCAGUUACUUCGAAAACGCAGGAGAAAAGAAGAAUGAAAAAGAAGUAGUUGAAGUUAAACAGGAAGUUCUUGAAGAAAUUGCGGAACCCGUGGCCGUAGCUCCUGCGGAGGCUCCCCCCGCGACUCCCCCCUCCUCCCCCACAGAGUCGCGCCCCGCACCGCCGGCGUUCCUCCCCCCUCCCCCACCGAGCCUGCCACCUCCCCCUCCCCCGCCGCCUCCCCCUCCCCCGCCGCCGGUGUUCGAGGGGAACGUGGCAGACGACAUGGCCAACAUGCUGGCCAACAAGCAUGGCACCCUUAAGAAGACCAAACAGAAUGGAGCAGAGUGUGGCGGCGCCAUAGACGCGAUCGUCGAUCAGAUCAAAGGCGGUAAAUUCCACCUCAAGUCCACCGAUCAGAAGUUCACAGAGAAGAAGACGAAGGACGAACAGCCGGAGGCUGUGAAGGAGAUGCUCGCUAUACUGGGGACCUUGAGGAAACGACGCACUACGGCCAGACCCGACUACCUGGACGAUACAUAGGCAAGUGGGUGUAGUUACCGGCACGGAUCUUGAGCGCUCGGCGGAAGAGUGGGGAUCGCUUUUUUAAAUGUUAUUUUGACAGAUGUAGGUAUUACGACAAUACGUACUUAUAGAUUUAAUAUUAAAGCUGAAAAUGAAUAUAACUGAUACUAUAUUAUAACGCAAACUUAUAUUUAAUUUAGAAACAAAGUUAUAAGAAGCUAGACGUAAAUAAAUACAUAUCUCUGUGGAAUUGAUUUUACCUAUAUUAUGUCUAAUAUAUAAAAUCCUAGUGUCACGGUAUACGUUAUCAAACUCCUCCUGGCUUUACCGAUUUUCAUGAAAUUUGGUGUGCAUAUUGUGUGUGGGUAGGUCUGAGAAUAGCCCUAUUUUUCCCCUUGAACUCAUUCGUUUGGCAAAACAACUAUAGAAACGCGGGAAUUACUACAUUAUAUUACAAAA